GUCAUUUCUCAACACAUUUCCUGCCCAAAAAGGAAAAUACUUUCCUUCCUUCCAAACACCAUCCGUCUUCAUCAAUCUUCAUAGCACGUGCACCCCCAACUCUCUCUCUUUUCAAACCAUACAAACGUUCCCUUGUCUCUUUGUGUCUCUACCAUUUGUUCUCUCUCUAAACAUACAGAAGGUCAGAGGAAGAGAGAGAGAGAGAGAGAGAGAGGUAGAGCAAGCAAGCCAGAUCAUAUGACGACGUCGUAGAGAGAGAAAAGGAUGCACGCAUACAACAGGCUACCGAGCAGUGGUCACAACACACCGUCCCCGCCCGCGUCGCCGCUCAGGUCACCCCGGUACCGCCGGUCGAAGGCGGGGAGGUUCGGGCCGGCCCAGCUUCAGCCUGGUCGCACACUGCCACAGCGCCUCGCCUGGCUGCUCCUCUCCGUCCUCCUCCGCCGCCAGGGCAUCUUCCUAUUUGCCCCUCUCAUUUAUAUCUCGGGUAUGCUCCUCUAUAUGGGUUCUGUCUCCUUUGACGUCGUUCCCGUUAUCUCCCAUCGCCCCGCGCCCGGCUCCGUCUACCGGAGCCCCCAGCUUUAUUCUAAGCUCCGACCCGAUAUGGACUCCGACAACUCAUCCGCCGAUGCGAUAUCAACUAUAUGGAAACACGCUUAUAAAGGUGGCGGGUGGAGACCAUGUACUAACAAGUCUUUAGGAGGUUUACCUGAUACAAAUGGUUACAUUUAUGUUGAGGCGAAUGGUGGCCUGAAUCAGCAAAGGACGUCGAUAUGCAAUGCAGUUGCUGUGGCGGGAUACCUUAAUGCAACCCUUGUAAUCCCCAAUUUUCAUUUUCAUAGCAUUUGGAGAGAUCCUAGCAAAUUCAGAGACAUUUAUGAUGAAGAUUAUUUCAUCAGUAACCUGGAAAAUGAUGUACGAGUGGUUAACAAGAUUCCGGCAUACAUAAUGGAACGGUUUGACCAGAACAUGAGCAAUGUUUACAACUUCAGAAUAAAAGCUUGGUCGCCCAUUCAGUAUUAUAGAGAUGCAGUGCUCCCAAGGUUACUUGAAGAAAAGGUUAUAAGGAUUUCUCCUUUUGCAAAUCGAUUGUCAUUCGAUGCUCCUCCAGCUGUUCAACGGCUUAGAUGCAUGGCAAACUAUGAAGCUUUAAGGUUUUCAAGUCCUAUAUUAACAUUAGGAGAAAGCUUGGUUGCAAGAAUGAAGGAACGCAGUGCAAAUAAUGGUGGCAAAUACAUUUCUGUGCAUCUUCGUUUUGAGGAGGAUAUGGUUGCUUUCUCUUGCUGUGUCUUCGAUGGUGGAGAGGAGGAAAGCGCAAACAUGAGGGCAGCAAGGGAAAGAGGUUGGAAAGGGAAAUUUACAAAACCUGGUCGAGUUAUACGUCCUGGAGCAAUCAGGAUCAAUGGAAAAUGUCCACUUACUCCUUUAGAGGUAGGCUUGAUGCUUAGGGGAAUGGGCUUUGAUAGAAGCACUUACAUCUACUUGGCAUCUGGAAAGAUAUACAAUGCUGAAAAAAAUAUGGCCCCGCUAUUAGAGAUGUUCCCAAAUUUGCAAACUAAAGAGAUGCUGGCAUCAAAUGAGGAACUCGCUGCAUUUAAGAAUUAUUCUUCCAGGAUGGCUGCUAUAGACUACACUGUUUGUCUCCAUAGUGAGGUUUUUGUGACAACUCAAGGUGGAAACUUCCCCCAUUUUCUGAUGGGCCACCGGCGAUACUUGUAUGGUGGACACUCGAAGACAAUCAGGCCCGACAAGAGAAAGUUAGCAUUACUCUUUGAUAAUCCAAAUAUUGGAUGGAAAAGUUUCAAGCGCCAGAUGUUGAACAUGCGGUCUCAUAGCGAUUCCAAGGGAUAUGAACUCAAAAGGCCAAAUGACUCGAUAUAUACCUUUCCAUGCCCAGAUUGCAUGUGCCGUACAAACAAAUCAGAAGCCACUGCCUGAUCUGAUUGGAUAGAGAGCUAUGUUGCGUGUUGUGUACCUGACUUUCUGAGCACAUCUUGCUGCUGAUCCCCUUAUUCCGUGUUGUAAUUCUUUCAUUUUUUCCCCUUUCCUCAUGGCGAGAGGGCAUACUCUUCAAUUUUGGGAGAUUCGAACAUUUUGCUGGAGGUUACAUUGACCUGAUUACUUCCGGGGAUUGGCUUGUGCGGGGACUCGCAUCUUUUUGUAUAUGAUGCCAGAGGAGAGAACAUAUAACGGACAUUCUUCCCAUCGCAGGAGCUUCCCCGGCAUAAACACUGAGCAUUGUUUUAUAUCUUUUUCACAUCUUAAGUUGCAGCUGCUGUAUCUAACAAAAAGCUGUGAAGCGACACAUCACAUUCCUACACACCCUGGCUUUGUCAUGUUUGUACAUUAUUUGAUCUGCAUUUGUAAACCUUUAGACACAGGUUGAAGUUUC